AUGGCCAUGGCCAGGUCUUGCGACCUCGUCCUGCUUGCUCUUCUUGUUGCAGGCUUGGCGGCGUCUCUGCCUCUGGCCCUCGCCUACGACCCGAGCCCGCUCCAGGACUUCUGCGUCGCCGACGCCGCUUCCGAUGCUACGCAGCGUUUCAUCGCUCCACCAUAUGCUGCUUUGUUCCUGAACGGGGUGGCGUGCAAGGACCCGGCGCGCGUGUCGGCCGGCGACUUCGCCUUCUCGGGCCUCGACGCCGCCGGCGACACGGCGAACGCGCUCGGCUCCCGGGUGACCCUGGUGGACGCGCGCGCGGUGCCGGGGCUCAACUCGCUGGGCGUCUCCAUGGCGAGCCUCGACCUGGCCCCCGGCGGGCUCAACCCGCCGCACACGCACCCGCGCGCCUCCGAGGUGCUCACCGUCGUCGAGGGCCAGAUGCACGCCGGGGGGCUCGUGCACUUCGAGAUCAACUUCGGCGAGCGGCCCGCCGUGUGGAUCGCCGGCCUCAGCAGCCAGAACCCGGGGGUCGUCCGCGUCGCCGACUCGCUCUUCGGCGCCACCCCGGCCGUCACCGACGACGUGCUCGCCAAGGCGUUUGGGAUCGACGCCGCCACCGUGCAGAGGAUCAAGGCGCAGUUCGCCACCAAGAAGUAA